AUGGCGACUAUCUCCUACGUUGAAUAUCCCAUUUACUCCAUCGCGACAGAUGGAGAAAUCGUGGCGACGUCGGGAGGCGGCGGCGGGUCCGACUACGGAAUUGAAGAUCAGCUUGAAACGCACAGAGUCAACCUGGAGACAGGCCAGCUGUUGCCUGUGGUCAGCACGGCCGAAGCAGGCGGCGUCAUCGAUUCACUCGGCUUCAACAAAAAUGUCGAUCUCUGGUGCGGAUGCUGCCAGGGUCAGGUUGUGCUCUUCAAACAAGACAGAGACCAUGGACUGGGCGUCGUCGCUCGUUUUGGGCCACCGCCGGCCUCAGGAGGAAAGCGACCGCGCUUGGUCGCGUCGUGCGGAGCGGACAACAAACUUUGUCUGUGGGACUGGCGAACAGGCGCUCUCCUGCACACCAUCGAGAAGCAGAAUCCGAGGAAAGCUGAAGAAAAACUGACAUUUCGCUGUGGCAGGUCGAUUGCCUACGGAGGCGCCGCGCCGUCGCACCCCGACCCAGCCGCCGACAAGAAGAGCGAGGGCUCCGCUCCAUCUGCUGGCUCCAACGGCGUGCCUUCUCCCCUGCCUGCUUCCUCUUCUGUUACCGUAACGCAACUGUGUGAAUUCAUGUGCGACGAUAGCGUCCCUUGCUGCCAGGCCGAGAUUUCUACAGAUGGACAGCUCAUUGCGGUCGGCUUUGCGGAUGGAAAAUGUAAAGUGUACAAUCGAGGGUACGUGAGCAACUAG